UUUCUUCAAACUCCGAUUUAAUUCUUCUCAGAGAUAUGUCAGUAAUGGAUGAAUCAGGCAUGUUUAACGUUCAACAAACCAUUGGAAGUGUUUUGUGUUGCAAGUGUGGUGUUCCUAUGGCACCAAACGCAGCUAACAUGUGUGUGAAUUGUCUUCGUUCCGAAGUCGAUAUCACCGAAGGUUUACAGAAGAGUAUUCAGAUCUUCUAUUGCCCUGAAUGCACUUGUUACUUACAGCCACCAAAGACUUGGAUCAAAUGUCAAUGGGAAUCUAAAGAGCUCUUGACUUUUUGUAUCAAGAGGUUGAAGAAUCUUAAUAAGGUUAAGCUGAAGAACGCAGAAUUCGUUUGGACUGAGCCUCAUUCCAAGAGGAUUAAGGUUAAGUUGACUGUUCAAGCUGAGGUUCUUAAUGGUGCUGUUCUUGAGCAGUCUUAUCCUGUUGAGUAUACGGUUAGGGAUAAUCUGUGUGAGUCGUGUUCGAGGUUUCAGGCUAAUCCUGAUCAGUGGGUUGCUUCGGUUCAGCUUAGGCAGCAUGUUUCGCAUAGGAGGACUUUCUUUUAUCUCGAACAGUUGAUUCUUAGGCACGAUGCUGCUUCACGUGCUAUUAGAAUCCAGCAGGUGGAUCAGGGGAUUGAUUUCUUCUUUGGGAAUAAAAGUCAUGCUAAUAGCUUUGUGGAGUUUCUGCGGAAAGUUGUCCCUAUUGAAUACCGUCAGGACCAGCAACUGGUGUCUCAUGAUGUGAAGAGCAGUUUGUACAACUAUAAGUAUACUUACUCUGUUAAGAUCUGUCCUGUUUGCCGUGAGGAUCUUGUAUGCUUGCCUUCAAAAGUUGCUAGCGGCUUGGGGAACCUUGGUCCACUUGUGAUUUGCACAAAAGUAUCUGAUAACAUAACUCUACUUGAUCCGAGAACUCUAAGGUGUGCCUUCUUGGACGCGAGACAGUACUGGAGGUCUGGGUUCCGAUCUGCGCUCACCAGUAGACAACUUGUCAAGUACUUUGUGUUCGAUGUUGAACCACCUGUUAGUGAAGCAACUGUUGGCGGGCAAAAGUACGCUCUAUCCUAUGUCCAGAUAGCCCGUGAAUCAGACAUUGGUAAGAUGUUUUAUGUCCAAACUCAUCUAGGACACAUUCUGAAACCUGGGGAUCAAGCUCUGGGUUAUGACAUCUACGGAGCCAAUGUGAACGACAAUGAAAUGGAGAAAUACCGUCUGAGUGUGAAGAAUGGGCUUCCAGAAGCAAUUCUGAUCAAGAAAUGUUACGAGGAGCAGAGAGAGAGGAAGCAGAAGAAAUCCCGUAACUGGAAGCUCAAGUCGCUUCCAAUGGAAAUGGAUGAUUCAAGAGGCAGGGUUGAUCCAGAGAAGACAGACAAGGAAUACGAAGAGUUUUUGAGGGAUCUUGAAGAAAACCCUGAGCUAAGGUUCAACAUAUCCUUGUACAGGGACAAGGAUUAUCAAGCUUCUGAGACUGCUUCAAUGACAGAUGGAGAAGGUGCACCGUCUGUUCCAAUUGAGGAGUUGCUUGCUGACCUUGACCUAAGUGAGGAGGAAGAAGACGAUGAUGAUGACGAGGAGGACAUGGCUGAGUAACUUCUGUUUCUCCGAUACUCAUAAGGUUUGAUCCCAAAACUUUUAUAUGCUUCUCUUGUGUUUCUCUUUGACCUUUAAUCUUUUUUGUCCAAGUUUUGUUUUGAAUGUAAGCUCAACAGUGGCUGGUCUAGCUUACUUGCUAUAUGUGUUGACACUUUCUGGCUAUU